AUGCCUCUUGUUCAUUGUCAUAAGGCUGGUUUGUUAUUAUUCUCUUUGCUACAGACUAUAGUCCAAGAGGCUGUUCUUAAAACAGUUUCAGACCCUGAACCAGUAAUCAAAGAUGUCUCCCAAGCUCAAGCCGUCAACAAGACUAUCGUCCAAGACGCGGUUCUUGACCUUGAGAUAAACGAGUACCUGAAAGCAAUUUGUUCCACUAUUGCCCAAGAUGCAUUUCUCGAGCAUGACAUCAAGGAAAAUCUCAAUGGAAUCUUUUCUACUAUCGUCCGAGAGGCCAGGUUUGAUCGAGAGGCUGAACUUUACAUCAGCGAUAUUUUUGCCGACGAAGUUGCCGACUUGGAGCUCACACUGUCUGCCAAGACCAUUGUUCAGGAUGUGACUGCUAAAUAUCUGCCAUCACCACCGCCAACAUUGCCGCUGACUACAACACCAGUACCACUACCAGCUCAACCACCGGAACCACUACGGGCUCCACUGCCUGUAAUAAUACCGGCGCCUCCACAAAAACCGCUGGUAGCACCACCACCACCACCACCACCAGUAACACUAUCAGCGCCACCAUCAGAACCACAUCAGACACCAACACCAGUAGCACUUCUGGCACAACCACCAAAAUCACUACUGGCACGACCACAAGUAGAACUACCGGCGUCACCACCAGAAGCAGUACUACCGACGCCACCAGAGCAAUAA